GUUGGAAGCAUAAGGAAACAAUUAAUAGCAGCAAAGAUAAAUGCAAAAUGUUGUACUCGAAAUUAUUGUUUUCCUUCAUUUAUUUUACACAUUCAUGUCCAUCGUUUGUACUCAUGUUUACUAUCAUCGUGUAUUGAGCAGCUGUUAAAUUAAUAUGUGACUUACAUUUAGGGCUUGAGUUUUUUUUUUACUCAUAUAGUACUGAGUUUGUCUGUGCACACCUUUAACAUUCUGUAUAUUUAUAUAAAAAAAAAAAACAAUUUAACUUAAUAGUCCUUAAAUUCGUCUUUAUGUGUUUUCUACGUUACAACUCCUGUUAAAUUUGAUGCAAGUCUCAAUAUUGAUCCAGUUGAAUUGUUGACAUGAGAAACAGCUACAUAAACAGACUUAACAUAUUCACCAUCCGUGUCAGUAAAUUAACGUGAGAAAACAGUGUGUUUGGCGUUUGAAUCACAUAGUUUGUGUGGCUGCUUCGCUGAUUGAUGUCUAAUUCUGCCAAUAACAAGAAAGAAUUUGCUGUGACCGAGAUACGAUAAACCAAUAAGGUGACGUGGGCGGGGCUACACGCCCAGCUAACGUAAGCGUUGUUGGUAGGAAGAAGAAAGCCGAUUCUGGAAGCCAUUACGUUGCGCACAUCAAUUGAGUAAAUCCUACUAUUUUUGCGUACAAUACGCACAAUUACCUCCGAAAAAGAGGAAUUUGUGUAAUUAUGGCAUCGGCCGCGAAAAAGCGAAAAAUGAAUUUUUCGGAGAGAGAGGUGGAAAUAAUAGUGGAAGAAAUAGAGAAACAAAAGCACACUCUGGUUAACCAUUUCAAUGCUGGAGUCACACACAUGGCCAAGAAUAACGCGUGGGCAGACAUCCUGAAAAAGGUGAACGCGGUCACCACCUGUCCCAGAGAGCUGCCCGAGGUUAAGAAGAAGUGGUCCGACAUGAAGACGGAGGUCCGGAGGAAGGUGGCCCAGGCUCGAGCUGCCAUCGAGGGCAACUCUGCGGACUGCACUCCAGUUCCCGUCAUCCUCACCGCGAUGCAGCAGCGGAUCUGUAACCUGCUGGGGGAAGCCACCAUCAUCAGUCUACCCGCAGGAGACUCUGAUGCUGAGAUUACUCUACCUGUGUCCGUGAACACCGCCGCCACCGUCACUCUGACAGAGAGUAAGUGAGCAAAGUUUCAUUCUGAGCAUGCUCAGACCACCUCACAGCCCAAUACAAGAGAUGCAUUAAAUAGAAGUACAUAAAAAGUUUCAUUGAGGGACAUCCUUAUAAAUCAGUAACUGUUCCAUGUUAACUAACACAGAGUUUAAUACUUGAGUACAAAUCAUUCAAAGCCUAUAUUUAAAGGAAAACAGAUUAAAGACAACAGAUCAUACCCUGAAGCUGAAUAUUUUAGUGUUUAAUACACAUAAUAUGCUUAUUUUAAAUAUGAUGCCAGUAACAUGUUUCUACAAAGUUGUAAGAGGAACAAACAAACAGGUAAAAAGUUACAGGUAUAAAAGCAGCUGGAGGAACAUCUUCCACUGAUGACAUUGAUUUCCAACUGGUUAGUAACAUGACUGGGUAUUAAAAGGACAUUCAGAAGGAAAGAUGGAAAGAGGUUCACCACUCUGUAAGAGCCUGUGUGAGCUGAUAGUUCAACAGUUUUUAGAAUAAUGUUCCUGAGUGUCAAAUGUGAAAGAAUGAGUGGAUUUCAUCAUCUACAGAACAUAGGAUUAUUAAAAGAUUCUGAGACUCUGGAGAAAUCUCUGUAUUUCUACUAUUUUUAGUUUUUAGGCUCUGGAUAAUUUUUCUAUCUUUGAAUAUGGCAGAAUUUUUUUCAAGACCCAGAAGCUGAAAUUCAAAGAUGGCUGUUCGAAUAAGGAGCUUGAUUUCCUGGCCUCAUCAAUCUCAUGUCAAACUUAAGAGAAAAAUCACAGAAAAAAUAGUUUUGGCCCAAUAACUGUGUCAUAUUUCACAUUUAAUCUCUAUUGACUUUUUGUCUGUAUUUCAGCUCUUCCAGCCAGUUCAGGAACAGUCUGUGACGAAACAAAAACUGGUAAGGAUUUCACCUUUGCAAUGACCCUGUUCUGUAAAUAGCUGUAUUCACACAUGCUCCUCAGAAUUUACAGACUUCAGGAGUGCAUAUGUGAAAAGGGCUUUGGACUUACUUUGUCCAGUUUAAAAUUCACCAUAUCAGGUCAAACCAGGAGGGAGUUCAUGUAUAAAAAGUAAUUGGGAGGAAUGUCUGCGUCCAAGUAAUAUGGUAAAAAAAUAUGUAAAACAUUUUUUGUUUCAUGAAAGAAUUUUGCAUUUCAUUAAAUAUUUUCAAGCUGUUUUUUUAAAGUAUUUUAGUGUUUUGUCAAAUAUUUUGUGUUUUCAGUUUCAGGUUUCCAAAAUGUUUUUGCAUCUUUUAAAAUGUUUGAGUGUUUAUUUAAAUAUUUUUACAUGCUGGACCUACUUUUUUUUUUUUUUUUUUUUUUUUUUUACAUUUUUUUAAAAUUAUUUUGUGUUUGGUAAAAGAAUUUUCAGCUUUUAUGAAAUGUUUUGCAUUUUGUAAAAUGUGUUGUUUUACAUAUUAAAAAUGUUCUUGUUUUUGCAUUCCAUGGCAUAAUUUUUUUUAUAUUAUGGAAUAUUUUUGAAUUGAGUGAAAAAUUGUACAUAUGAAAAAAAAAAUAGAGCUUCAAGAAAUAGUAUUUGCACUUUUUAAAUAUCUAUGUGUAUGGUGUAAACUGUUUUGGGUGUUUUCAUUUUAGUCUCUUUUUUGCCUUACAUGAAUUUUUUCUUUUUUGCACUUGAUAAACAAAAACAUUUCGUAAUAUAAUUUUGAAUAUUUUUUUUGAGUCCAGACAAUAUCCCUGUUUUUUAAAAAAUAUAUCCUUUUAAUUGUUUACAUCUGUAACUGACCCCUUACACGUUUGAUGAUUUUUAUUUUUAUAGUUUGUUCGUUGUUCUUGUGUAUCAAGAAUCAUCUGACAGGCGACGGUUAGGGCUGAUUUAUGGAAAAGUUGCACAGUUCUUUUCCCUUAACAUUUAUUCCAUUUUAUGAGAAUCCCCCCUCACUUCUUUCUUUGUAUCCUGUUUGCAGCUGAAACAACGUAUCACACUCUGGAGGAUGGAGGUGUGGUGGAGUACUGCACAACCACAGUAGGAGACUCCACUCCCACCGUGGUUACGACAGUCGAGGCUCCAGUAGAGAUGCUUGCCUCGUCCUCAGCAUCCCCUCCUCCUCCUCAGGGUCAGGCCAAACCUCAGGAGCUGAAGAGCCGCAUUGCCCUGAACUCCGCCCGCCUGCUGCAGGAGCAGAGAGUCACAAACGUCCACAUCCGCCAGAUUGCCCAGCACCUGGAGGGUCAGAACGAGCUGCUGCAGAUGAUGCGGCGCUCACAGGAGGCUCAGGCGUUUGCUCAGGAGAGGCAGGCUCAGGCACUGGAAGGGACUCAGGCCGCCCUGCUGGCAUUGGUCCAGAUGCUGCGACCGGCCCUCAAAGACCUGAGAAAGUUCCUGCAGAGCGGGACUGAAGCUGCAAACUCCAAUAGCUCUGCAGCUGCAACCGAGGAGCAGAACAGGGCCAAAGCAUCCACCCCGCCUCCUCUACAGCAAGAGGAGGCACAAUAAGACUGUGUGUGUGUGUGUGUGUGUGUGUGUGUGUGUGUGUGUGUGUGUGUGUGUGUGUGUGUGUGUGUGUGUGUGUGUGUGUGUGUGUGUGUGUGUGUGAGCGUGCGUUUGUGUGAGAAAGCUUGUCAAAAGUUGCCUUAUAGAGCAUGUACAGGAUUUUACUUUUUUUUUUUUUUUUAAAUCACUGGGACAGUCAUGGAUGCUCUGAAAUUUUGAUGUUGACAUCAUGCAGAAGUGAACUUGUGUAAUUUAACAAUUUGCCUUUGAUAUUUAUGUGAUGUUUUUAAUAAUGCACAUUUAUUUUAGGAGUUUUGAACUCAUCCUGCAGCUUUAAUGCUGAGUGAAGAAAACUAAAUCCACCUUGCUUUUAUAAACAAUCCUCACGUAUUGUGUACCACAUCCUCACAAGUGAAUAAAACCCAAAAGAUAAACUGCUGCUUGUCUCUACAGGGUGGAUUACUACUUACUAACCACAAGAGGUCGGUAUGUAUCAGCAAGAGUCGUCACAGGUGGAGCAGCUGUAUGUACAUAAAAAUAAGCAAUUGUUAA